AGGAAGUGGGAUCAAAACAAAGGAGCGACCGCCGGGAGCGGACCUACCUCUUGUCGUCUCCUUUCAGCGCGCGUCCGGACCCUGACCGCCCACCACAGGGAGCCGCUAAGUAUGUCCAACAUGGAGAAACACCUGUUCAACCUAAAGUUCGCGGCCAAAGAACUGGGCAGAAGUGCCAAAAAAUGUGAUAAGGAGGAAAAGGCUGAAAAGGCCAAAAUUAAAAAGGCCAUCCAGAAGGGCAACAUGGAAGUUGCGAGAAUACACGCCGAAAAUGCCAUCCGCCAGAAGAACCAGGCAGUGAAUUUCUUGAGAAUGAGUGCGCGAGUCGAUGCCGUGGCUGCUCGAGUCCAGACGGCAGUGACGAUGGGCAAGGUGACUAAGUCGAUGGCUGGUGUGGUUAAGUCGAUGGAUGCGACAUUGAAGACCAUGAACCUGGAGAAGAUUUCUGCUUUGAUGGACAAAUUCGAGCACCAGUUUGAGACGCUGGACGUCCAGACGCAGCAGAUGGAAGACACGAUGAGCAGCACUACGACGCUGACCACUCCCCAGAACCAAGUGGAUAUGCUGCUCCAGGAAAUGGCAGACGAGGCGGGCCUCGACCUCAACAUGGAGCUGCCGCAGGGGCAGACCGGCUCCGUGGGCACAAGCGUGGCUUCGGCCGAACAGGACGAACUGUCCCAGAGACUGGCCCGCCUUCGGGAUCAAGUGUGAUGGCAGUACCCACUCUGAGGUUUCCUAGACGUAUCUACCCUUGGAAACGCUCUGUAUAUUAGAGAACUACUGUAUCCUCUUGAAACUGAACAUGGCAGAAUGGUGACAUGCCUGCUCUUCUACCUGUCGGGAUUAAACCCUCUCCAGAUACAUUAGGAAAUCUCAGCCUUUCUUCACUCUUAACUGGACUUUAAAGUUCUGUAGAGCUUGUGAUGAUGUGUAUUUUUAUAGCUGCCUUUUAACAGAACUAGUUAAUUUGCUGUGUAUGAAUCUUUAUCAAAAAUUUGGUCAAAACUCCAAUUCCAGUGUAUUCAUUUUUCUGCCCAGAAUUAUCGAAUUGAAGGUGGUGGGGGAUUUUAAUUUAUUGUGAUUGAUAAUGUUUAGAAUGACAGGUGGUGCGUAAAAGUUGAAGACGGGAAUAAUUACUUAGUUUUGUUACACGACUAUAAACACUUUAUUCAACUUAUUCAGUGGGCAGUACUAUUUCAUUAUAUCCUUUGGGUGUUUUUUUGGUUUUUGCUAUCAAAGUAAGACCUCAUUUGACUGUUCUCAUAACUUAUACAAAAUCUGAUCUCAUAUUAAAAUUACCCUAAGACA